AUGGCGUGUUUUCCUUCAGUUGUUGGAUUUCUCUACUGGACAGUUGUGGCCAGUUAUUUUCGCCAGUUCAGUGGCUAUAGCUGGAUAAUCUUUGUUGCAGUGACUGCCUGGGUCUUCACACUCAUACUAUUUCUCUUAUUCCUCUUUAAACUUGCCCAACGUGUGACCAUUAUCAACUGGGUGCUCACGGAACUGAUCAACAAUGCUGCAGAUUGCUUGCUACAUUUUAUUGCUGCCAUAAUUAUCAGCGUACGUGCUGGUCAGCUUAGUAUACAUCUUCAACAUGGGAAGCUAGUAUGGGGCUGUCUUUGUGGUUGGACCCUCGUCGUCCUCUAUGCCCUCAGUACAUUCUUCAACUUCCGUGACUUCCAAGCCAUGGGUGGAACAAGCUCCCUGCGUUUCCCUGGCCAGCAGACCACCAUGGCCACUACCACUACCACCACAACCACUGUGGUUCAACCACAGAGCACUGAACCUGCAGACGAGAAGGUGCAGGACCCUCCCCCGUACCCCGGGGGCCCAUUCUAGAUGUACAACCGUCACAUCAUCUGUGGAGAAGCAGAAGUGGUCAUUUGGGGAGGGGGGUGUUGUGGUGAAUUAAUUUUAUUCAUAUUGCCAUUGUGAAGGCAUACAAAUGCAGCUGUUCAUUGCAUAGGGAUGCAGAAUUCAGCGGUACUGUAUUAACCCAUUGCCUACUGGAACUGGGUGAUCCCUGCACAAAGCCUAUGGGAAGCACAGAAUUCGGUAGUCAACUAGUUGAAGGUCAAGGAAAUGUAAUACGUAUGUGAUAUAUUCAAGUGAAAAGACCAUGUAAUGGGAAAUUACGCACAAAAGUAAUCUUUUUGAAAGCUAUAGAAAAAAUAAUCAAAUUUGUUGAAGUUCAAUCAAAGAUUGAUAUUGGAUGAUAUCAAGAAUUGUGUUGGUUUGGGUUUUGAGAGGUUGGGUUAGACUACUUUGCCACAGUUUAUGUUUACUUCAGUUAACAUAGUCAAUUGGGCUACGAUUUUUCUUGCAAUUCAAGGGGCCUCGGAGGUUGAUAUGGGCUACGAUUUUUAUGCUUGUAUAAUUUAUGGUCAUCAGGCGAUCUGCUGUCCACUGACAAAGGAAAGCAACUGAUUUUUUAUUCAAAAUUGAUUCUUUUUUUUUGGGGGGGGUAUGUUCUCUUUGCUCUUCAUGAUGCUAAAGGAAUUGAAGUCUAUAUUUAUGUAGACAUUUCAAAAGCAAGUAACUCUAUAUAUUUCCACAUUAAACAGUGCCACAUUUUUCUCAUUUACUAAAAAAACUCAAUUCCUCAGAGUUUCUUCCUUUUGUAAGUGAAUGGCAAAAAUGUGUUGGGCAUUGUAAAGGGCAUGAAGAUAAAAAUGUUUUGAGGGUGUAUGAAGAUCCAACAACAUGGUUUUGGUGUUAAUGAAGGUGUUGGUGUUAGUGAAGAGGGUGUCGAUCAAGGUGCUGUAAAAACAAACACCAAAUUUGAUCCUGAUGUCAUGUUGUUGAUAGUUGCCACUGAAUGGUGUCAGUUACCAGUUUCAUUUCAGUGUUUGAGUUGUGGUUGGCUUCUGGCAGGUGUUAUCCUGACACCAGCACUUGUCUGUAACACCAAACUUGAAAUCCCUCACUGUGUCAUUUAUCUUUGCUAUUAUUACCUGUAUUUGGGGUUUUUUGGACUUCCUGGUGUUGGGUGAUAUGUUGGAAAUGUAUAUAUAUAUAUAUUCCUGUAGAUUCCAUGAAAUAAUGUAGAAUGAUAUAUAUUGAUUCUCAUCAAAUCAAGUUUAUGUUUAUAAAGCAUGAUAUUAUCAUAUUCAGGUAUGAGGAGGGCAAUCGAAGGAUUGGAUUUCUACUAGGCGUUUUUUUUUUUUAAAUGAGGCGCUCUGCAAAGAUAAAAUAUGGGAUUUACAUUUGGGCAGUUAAAAUGUAUCUUCCUCACCUUUAAAAAAAAGUACAUGGCAUAAUUUUCCUCCUAUAUAACAAGACUUGAUGCUCAAAUUAAAUCUUCUCUUAAGUGUGUGUACUGAAAGCCCUUGAGGUGUAAAAAUAUGUUGUAAAUCCAACAGAAAUUGAAAUGAUUGGCUUACACAUACUUGAUUGUACCAACAGAAUAGGAAAAUGUCUUUUCAAAAUAUCAGGAUGCAAAAAAACAACCUCAUCUGGCCUUGUGGACUUGUGGUGCAUGCAUUUGUUAUUGUCUAAGUACUAUCUAUGUACAUACCUUUUUUGUGAAUAGACUAGGAUAUGUGAGGGUCACCAUUGUUAACUGCAUUGUGGUAGUAUUAUGAAAAGAAAUUACUUGUGAGAAAAUGAAAGAGAUCACCACUUAAAGGAUAGAGACACAUAUUCUGCCUUGUGGCUCACUUGGAUUCUGAGUUGGAAGCCACUGUUUGAUAGCUUUUCUUGAAAUGGUCCAGACAUAGCUAAGAUCUAAAGUUACGUAGUGUUCCUGAGAUCUAUUACAAACAUAAUAUAUGUCUACGUUACAUCACAUGUGGCUUUAUGAAAGCGGUAUUCGUCAAUGGUAUUAUUCGGGGGGGGGGGGGUUAUCAUUGUACAGUGUGUAAACAAAAUGUUCUGCUCUUAUAGAGUGACAUGAAAUGAGAUUGAAAUCACCAGAUUUAAAUCUCCAGCUGACGGUGAGUUGUAUCAAGUACUCAAAUUCGAUUUUAUACCAAAGUUUUUACUACUGGUAAUAUGUACAUUGGAAUUUAAUUUUUUUUUUGGAGUAGAACAGAAUCAUGUAAUAUAUAAUAUAAUAUUAUAGAGCAUUUAGAUUGUGCAGACUAUAUGUUGCCUAUUUAGUGGCACACUGAAUAUUACUGCAGCUUUGGCCCUUGUUAUGUUUCCAUUGCACGUCCAAGGUUCCUGCUGAGUGCCCAUUCACCAAUACAGGAUAUGCAAAUUGAAAUCAUCAAGUGUCAUUAUAUCAAACUUGUUCUGUAUAAGCUCAGUUUUAUCAUGCCGAGUUUACUGGCAUAUACUCUUAACUAAGUACCUGCUAUUUCUAAAUUUCAAUUGAAGACAGGAAUCGUAGUAAUAUGAUCACAUGUUAAAAGCGAUGGGGAAUACUCGUUGUGUUUCCUCUUCCUCAAUAUGACACAAUUGUAAUACAUAUUUAUGCUUUGAACAUAUUUGAAGGAUAUGUCGAUAGCGGGGAAAAAAAAGACAUUGAAAAUGACGAUUGUUCUUUAUUUAAUUUCACAUUUGGCUUUAAGGUGAAUAUUUUGAUACUAGUCUAGAACUGUAUGCUUUAGACUAUAGACAUAUUGUUGUGAAUGUUUUUGGGGUUUUUUUGCUUUGCUUUAUAUUUGAUGAUGUAUGCUUUAAUUUAUAUAUUCACAUUUUAUUGCCAAGUAAACUUGUUAAUCCCCCUUCCCCUGUAUCUUAUAUACUACCACUGUAUUAUCAUAAAAU